AUGACUAUCAUCCAGCGCACAAUCCCCAAGGCGAUCAAGGUUGCUGGAGUGGCUGGCUUUGCAGGCCUGGGCAUAUAUUGCACGAAGCAAUUCUCAACAGCGUUUGCGGAAUCGAAUGAGCCAAAAUCAGUCUUCUCUGGGCUGGGUGUCACCACUUUGCGCCUGCAGAGCACCAAAAAUGUCAAUCACAACACGAAGCGGCUAGUCUUUGAAUACCCUAACGAAUCCGCCCGCAGACAUUGA